AUGGCUGAGGAUGGGAUGGGGAGGCGGAGGACAGCAGCGCUGCCAGCCAUGUACCUUCCCGCUGCCUGGCCUGGUCCUGCUGCCACCGACAUCCAUCUGAUUACGGUGGCUGCUGCUGCACACAGCUUGUCCCACCAUGCUGCUCCAAUCUGUCGUGCUGCUCCAAUCCACCUCCAUCUGCGCCACCUUACCCAUGCAAGCUGGCUGCCACUGCUUUCACGCAGAUCAGCCAACAGCCAGGGGCAUAUUGCUGCACUCUAUCAUGCAAGAUCUCAGCUGGGCCAGAAGUCUCGCGAGAUGUCCUGGGCUGGGAAAGAUGGCCAGCCUGCUAGGGAAGAGGCCUACUGGUGUAACCGCAUGCCAGGGACCCCCAGUAUCCUGGAUAUUUUCCUCUUCUAUCCAAGUGAUUCUGUGCAGGAGAGUGAGGAUAAGAGAGAACAUCCUAGCACAUCACAAGGAGGAGCAAAGGGCGGAGUGCUGAAAGAGGUCUUGAGCAAUCCGGAGAGAUCCAGAAGGAAGGAGGGAAAAUAUACAAAAGAGAAGGACAAAUCCAUUUCAACUCAGAGCGGGGUCCACCUUGAACAAGAAGAACAAACAGGAAAUGGGGACAGAAAGCACCUGUAUGCUCACUUGAGAAUCCAAACGGCAGAGAAACCCAGUCAAAGCUCAGACUCUGUGAAAAGAGACUGUCUGAGCCAACCAACUGUAAAAGGUCCAGUGCUUGACACAGAGGGAGAAAGUCAUACUGGUUUGGAGUGUACAAUGAGCUUCACACUGAGAUCACAACUUAGAACACACCAUCAACAAAUUCAUUCUGAGGAACUGCAUAUGUGUACACAAUGUGGAAACAGCUUCCACAAAAAAGAUCUCAAAGCACAUCAAAGGUGCCAUAGAAGGUGGAAACCCUUUAAAUGCCCCUGGUGUGAAAAAAGCUAUGGGCAUAGCACAAACCUUACCAGACAUGAAAGAGUUCAUACAGGGGAGAAACCCUAUGAAUGUGCAGAAUGUGGAAAGGGCUGCAUUGAUAACUCACAUCUUAUUACACACCAACGAAUUCACACAGGAGAGAAACCUUAUACAUGUAAAGUAUGUGGAAAGAGCUUUUCAUAUAGUUCAUCCCAUAUUAUGCAUGAAAGAAUUCACACGGGAGAAAAACCCUUUCAAUGCUCAACGUGUGCAAAAUGCUUCAAAACGAAAUCAGACCUUUCCAAACAUGAAAGAAUCCACACAGGGGAGAAACCCUAUACAUGUAAAGAAUGUGGAAAUAGCUUUUCACAUUGUUCAUCCCUUAUUAGGCAUGAAAGAAUUCACACAGGAGAGAAACCCUAUACAUGUAAAGAAUGUGGAAGGAGCUUUUCUAAGAGGGCAACCCUUAUUACUCAUGAAAGAAUUCACACAGGGGAGAAACCUUAUAAAUGUUCUAUGUGCAGUGAAACAUUCCCUUACAGUUAUCAGCUUGCGAGACAUCAAAGAACUCAUGCACGGGAGACUACCUAG